CCCCCCCUGAAUUCUAGGCCUCCUAAAUGGGGUCCGAGUAGAUGGGGUCGGAGGAUCGCUCCGUGACCUUGCCCCUGAGAUGUCCGAAGGGGUCUGGACGGGGGGGAGGGGUUGCGUUUGGGGGGUUCGGCCUUCCCUCCCCCCCCCGCCUCGAAGCGCAGCGCAGGCGUGGGCACCUGUGACUCAGAUCACCCCGACGUGGAGGCGACACCCCUGGAGGAGGGCGCACCCGUGCGCGCAGAGCCCGCGCGCGUGCGGCGCUCGUCUCGCGAGAGGGCGGGCGGAUCUGGACGUCCAGUCGCCCUUCAUCGAGGAGACUUUCCUCGGCCUGGACAAGGGUGGCGGGAAGGACGACGACCACAAAGGGAAGGGCAAAGACGACGGGGGCAAGGGCAAGCUCGCGGAUUUUUUCGGAAAGGGUAAGGGCAAGGACGGCAAGGACAAAGACAAAGACAAGGAUAAAGACAAGGACAAAGAUAAGGACAAGGACAAGGACAAAGACAAGGAUAAGGACAAAGAUAAGGACAAGGACAAGGACAAGGACAAACACGGCAAGGGCAAGGGCAAGGAUAAGGACAAGGACAGCAAGUCAAAGCCCAAGCGCGACAUUCGAGCUUAUGACAAGACCGACGAGGAGUUCUCCUGGUGGUUGUCCGAGAAGAUCAGCCCGAUGACAUACAAGACGCACAUACGCCAUGGUGUGAAGCUCUGGCAAGGUGGCAUGGAUGCCAUAGGCAAGGACGUCAAGAUGAUCAUUGUCACAAGAAACCCCAAGGACGCGGUGCUGUCGCUAUGGGACCACAUGAAGACAUACGAGGACUUAGAGAUGCCGUUGGACGAGUUUGUGAACUCCUUUCUCACUGAGGAUUUCAACCCAGUGGGUACAACAUCCGACAUGUGGCCUGGCAAUUUCUGGAGGUGGCACAGAGAGUGGUAUCCAGUAGCGCAGGAGAACGACGGCCGGACUGUGGCUGACCUUCGAGGACAUGAAGAAGGACCCCACCUCGGCGACGAGGCAGGUUGCGAACUUCUUGGGGAUCGAGGCUUCGGAGGAGCUGAUAGCCACCGUCACGGAGGAGUCCUCGUUCGGCAAGAUGAAGAAUAGAGAGGGGGUGCAAUUCACGGACCUCCUGAAGAAGGGCAUAUCCGGUGGAUGGCGGAGCAACAGCCCUGGGCCGGCACGCGCGGGGCUGCGAGGCCCGGGGGGGUCCCGCCCUGCCAGCCCCUCUCGCCGAGCGCGCUCCGCCACUGGCAGAGUGCCGAGGCGGGAAUCUAUCCAUGUCCACCGCCUGGAGGGUCAGUUUUCGGAGCCUCGGCAGGCGGUGGACAUGGACAGAUUCGGGCCCAUAGGGGCCGAAACAUUUAUCCAUAUCCACCGCCCGCUGGGCC